AUGGUAACGGGUGAUGCACCUUAUGUAGAGACCAAUGAUGAGGCAAUGGAAUGUUCUUUCCGGUCUUUGGAAUUUGUGAACGCAAAUUUUAUCGCUGAGGGAAAUAGAAUUUCGGUCAAACAGCAGUUCGAUGCUGGGUUCUUACAAGAGGUCAAGUAUUCAGAAUGGGUAGCAAACAUCGUCCCUGUUCCCAAAAAGGAUGGAAAGAAACAUAAUCCGGAAGAAUGGGAAGAGGAAUGUCAGAAAGCUUUUGACAAGAUAAAGCAAUACUUGGCUACUGCUCCAAUACUAUCACCGCCUAGUCCAGAUAGGCCAUUGAUAUUGUAUCUAACGGUGUUUGACAAUUCCAUGGGAUGCGUCUUGGGCCAACAUGACGAAACGGGAAAGAAAGAAAGGAUCCUGUUCUCUGAAUUUGACAUAGUAUAUGUAAGUCAGAAGGCCAAAAAAGAGAGUGCAAUAGCUGAUUUCCUAGCUAGUAGAGCCUUGGAGGACUAUGAGCCUUUAAACUUCAAUUUUCCAAACGAUGACUUGAUGUAUGUGGCAAACACUGAAGAAAAUACUCAAAGGGAUCACGUAUGGAGAUUAAAUUUCGACGGAGCUUCAAAUGCUAUGGGUAAUGGAAUUAGGGCAGUCUUGAACAUCAAAAUGCUAAGAGUGUGUGGGGAUUCCGCAUUUGUGAUAUACCAACUCAAAGGGGAAUGGGAAACUAGAGACCCUAAGUUAAUCAGUUAUAGAAAGCUAGUCCUCGAACUGGCUGAUGAGUUUGACGAUAUCACCUUCUGUUAUCUCCCACGAGAGGAGAACCAAAUGGCUGAUACAUUAGCUACUCUAGCUUCGUUGAUUCAAGUAAACAGAUUAGAAGUAAUGAGGCCUAUUCAGAUGAGUAUCCUACAGUAUGUGAAGAAUUGGGAGUACUCUAGUCAAGCAACGGAGAAUGACAAGAGAACUCUGAGACGAAUAGCCAUUGAAUAUGCCUUAGAUGGGGAAGCGUUGUACAAGAGAGGAAAAGAUCAGGUGCUGUUAAUAUGUGUAGAUGCCGUGGAAGCUAGAAAGAUCCUGGAAGAAGUCCAUGAGGGCAUUUGCGGAUGUUAUUGGGCAUUUGCGGAUGUGUAG